AAUUUCUACAUUUGAUACUGCAUGAGAUUCCCUCAACACACAUACACACAAAUGAUGGAGCUUCCACUCCUACCGCUCUUUGCACUUAGCUUUUGCUUCUCAAUUUUCUUGGGAUCCUGUGAUGACUUUCUAUCCGUAAAAGAGAAUUCAAGUUCAUCUCCAUUUCCAAGCAACUUUCUUUUUGGAACUGCAUCUUCUUCAUAUCAGUUUGAAGGAGCUUACUUGACUGAUGGCAAGGGACUAAGUAACUGGGAUGUUUUCACUCAUGAGCCUGGCAAAAUAAUUGAUGGAAGUAAUGGUGACGUUGCUGUUGAUCAUUACCAUCGUUAUCAGGAAGACGUGAACCUUAUGCACCACAUUGGAGUCAACAGUUAUCGUUUUUCAUUAUCAUGGACCAGAAUUCUGCCCAAGGGUAGAUUUGGCAAGGUGAACUGGGCAGGAAUUCAUUUUUAUAACCGCCUAAUUGAUGCACUUCUCAACAGAGGAAUAGAACCUUUUGUGACAUUAUCACACUAUGACAUUCCCCAAGAACUUGAGGAGAGAUAUAAAGGUUGGCUAAGUGAUGAAAUUCAGGAGGAUUUUAGGUAUUAUGCGGACAUUUGCUUCAAGAAUUUUGGAGAUAGAGUAAAAUACUGGGUGACCUUGAAUGAACCAAACGUUGCAAGUAUUCGUGGUUAUAGAACAGGGAUGUGGCCACCUUCUCGUUGUUCUGCUUCAUUUGGCAACUGCAGCUAUGUUGGGGACUCAGAGAGAGAACCUUUCAUUGUAGCUCAUAACCUUCUCUUAUCCCAUGCCACUGCCGUUCAUCUCUAUAGAACCAAAUAUCAGAAAAAGCAAGGAGGAAGCAUUGGAAUUGUGAUGAAUACUGUAUGGCAUGAACCCUUCAGCAACUCCUCGGAAGACAAGUUAGCUGCUGAGCGAGCUCAAUCAUUUUAUAUGACUUGGUUUUUGGACCCAAUUAUCCUAGGGGAGUAUCCAGCGGAAAUGCGUGAAAUAUUGGGACAAGACCUGCCAGCAUUUUCAAGAAAAGAUAUGGAAAAACUCAAGAGUGGAUUAGAUUUCAUUGGAGUAAACCACUAUACCAGUUUCUUUGUAAAAGACUGCAUCUUCUCUGAGUGUGAACCUGGACGAGGCUCUUCAAGGACGGAAGGUUAUGCUCUAAAAUCGCCACAAAUGAAUGGCAUCAGCAUUGGAGAACCGACUGCACUUGACUGGUUGUAUGUUCACCCACAAGGCAUGGAAAAGAUGGUGACUUAUAUAAAGCACAGGUACAACAACAUACCAAUGUUCAUUACGGAAAAUGGACUUGGGACGAGGGAGAGUUCCAAUCCGACCAAUAACGAAAUAAUCAACGAUGUCGAAAGAGUGGAUUACUUGCGUGGUUACUUGGAUUCCUUGGCAGCAGCAAUAAGGAAAGGAGCAGACGUGAGAGGGUACUUUGUGUGGUCCCUGCUUGACAACUUUGAAUGGAGUGAUGGAUACAUCAUAAGGUUUGGACUUCAUCAUGUCGACUAUGCCACUCUCAACAGAACCCCAAGACUGUCGGCAAUUUGGUACAAAAAUUUCAUUGCUCUUCAUGCCCCUCCUGCACCCACAAAUGCCUCAUCAUACUAAAGACUCAUUUUUUGCCUCAUGAAACUAAUUAUGUCAAACAACUUUAAUCAGUUAUUUGAAAAAGCUAAAUUUAAAAGAUUUAGCUUGAUUUGUGGGGGACAUAAAUAAAGCUUAACUUUGCCUCCCCCCUUUUUCUUUUUUUAACUUGUGUAUACAUAACUUAAUUUUCAUUUGUAAUAUAAUACAACAAACUAUUUGGAUUCAACAUAUGAUUAUGAUUCGGAGUCA